CUUUGCAGGAGGUGGGGACAGAAGUUUUAGCUAGUCUUCCUCUGCUUUUCUCCUGGUACCGAGGCGAAGCAGAGCAGGGCCCAAGGCAGUGGUCGGUAUGGCGGGAGGCUCGAGCGGCGUCCCGUUUCUCGGGGUUCUGCUGCUCGCCGCGAUUCUGCUGCAGACCGUGGCCGUUACCGUCACUGUGCUCUACUUCACAAACGUCCUCAACACGAUGAAGGAGACAUUUGCGAGGAGCAGUGUGUCUUGCCUGACACGCGCCGACCACCGAGGGGUGUACGUGCGCUCCCCUACGGAGGAGAAAGGAGACCCUUGUUGGCAGGUCACACAGCAGCUACACACGCUGAUUGAGAAGUCUCUCUCUCAACGGCACCAGAAGGAGAUCUCCUCAGCAGUCAGAGACGAGGUGUCCAGAGUGCUGCCCUCACUGGUGAUGGACGACGGGGCCCCCACUCGCCCCAAAGUUGCCGCCCACGUCACCGGCAGCUUUGCUUUUAAAGCGGAGAGGGAAGGGGGAGGUUCUCCCGGGCGGCGUGUGCAGGGGCAGAAGAUCUUGUGGUGGGAGGGGCAUAAAGGGCUGGCAUUCCUUCAGGACGUUCAAUUGGUUGACGGGGAGCUAGUGGUGCCUCGUCCAGGACUGUACUACAUCUAUGCCCAGACCUAUUUCAGACACACCCACCCCGAAGAAGUGGAGGGGGAGGAAGAGAAGGAGCAAAGGGGGAGACCCAUGCUACAAUAUGUCUACAAGAAAGUCUCUUCCUACCCAGUACCCAUCCUGCUGAUGAAGACCAGCCGUACCUCCUGCUGGUCCCUGGACUCCCAGUUCUCCCUGCACUCAGCCCACCAGGGGGGGCUGUUCCCGCUGGCCGCCGGAGACCGCCUCCUCGUCACCGUGAGCAACGCGUCUGCUAUCGACAUGGACGAGAGAAGCAGCUUCUUUGGGGCUUUCCUGGUCAGCUAGAGGUCAGGGGUCAAGUCCGUACAGCGACUCUGGUGGUUUUGGAGCAACAGGCCACUCACUUUCGAGAGCUUGGAAACCUGGGUCCACACACUGUCCGCGAGCCGCUUGUUGGCAGACACAAAACGUUAAGCUAUGUUUGAGUGUGUGUGUGUGUGUGUGUGUGUGCAUGCAUGGGUGUGUGUGUGUGUGUAUGGGUGUGUGUGUACAGAUGUACCAAGCUUCAAACUCUGUAACUGUGCUGGCCAUGUGAGGAGGCGUGAGCAAGAGAGGGUGUAUUUAUCCAAUCAUCUUCCACCCUUGUGCCGAUGGGCCAAGCUUUCCACACGGCUCAUCCAAUGAGCUGUGUCUGAGGCCACCAGGUGAGUGUUGAUUGGAUGGAAAGCAGCUGGGGACGCGUUGACCCGUAUCUGCAUUAUAAAAUCAGGACAACUGACUGAUUAUGAAUCAAUGAAAAGCAAGGGGAUGGUUGUGGAAAACUGUCUUACUGCUCCUUUCACCCUAAAAGGAGACACUUCGCCAUCUGUCCAUGAACUCUCGAGAUGAGUUGUAAUGUAAAUAUGAGUGUAGGGUGUUUCUGUGUUAAUACUGAAUGUACAUUGAAUGUCCGUCGUUUGAUUGUAGCGUUUCUCGUAAUUGACCCACAUCUCCAAAAUCUCACCCAAACAACACUGCCUGCAAAAUCACGCCACCAUUUUCUCCACCCUUUGUUUCAAAGUUGAAAUAGUUUCAGGCCAAUUCCCAGAGCGCCAUACUGUAGCCCCAGCCUGUCGACACCAUGGGACCUUCAUGUUAGGACACUGGCAGUCCAGUACAGGACAUUACUCAAAUAUUUUUGAUUGACAGACGAUGGACUGAUAUAGAUGUCUGUGAGGGGUUGUCAGUUAAGCGGCCUCACGUGGGAAGAAUUGUCUCCAGAUGUUUGUUUUGGAGGAACUGUUUAACAGCCUAUUCAGUCAUGACUCAUGUAAAUCCAGAUUUUGUGUAUUGGGGGGGGGGGGGGGUUACCAUGGAGAUACGCACACUAAAUCUGCCGCCAAUGUGAAUUCAACUUCUCUAGUACAACGGUGCUCAUGUUUAUGCAGCAAGGCUUGUCUGUACAUGUGUCUAAAAUAAAGACACUGUCGAAAUGA